AUGAAUGUAUUUAAUUAUACUAUUAAUGCUGACAAUCUUCCUGAAGAACUCGUAGAUUGUGAGAUUGUUAAUGAUGGAUCUUCUUGUUCAAUCGAUGUUUAUUGGCAUGAAAAUCCAAUACGUACAGAAAUAUUAUUAGAAGCUGAAGGAAAGAAAAAACAGAUCGAUAAUCUUCAUAUGCUUUAUAUCGAUAUUGGACUUGAAGGAGAUCAACCUAAAUUAGAACGUGGCCUUAAUUAUGAAUGUUCAACGAAUAAUUGUAAUAGUUUGAUGGUUUUAAAAAAUUUAUUAAGUUCAUUAACAUUUAAUGAUAAAUUUGAGGAUCUUGUACCGAUUCUUUAUCCGACUGAACCAUUCGAUAGUCAUUGGUGUGGAUCUUUCUCAAACAGUACAUCAAUAUCCUGCUACAUUAACCCAUCUCCAGAACUGUGUGACCAGUGCUCGAUAACUUGGAUGAAUACAAUGAAUCAUACAGAGAUUUGUAGUGUUUGUGAUUCUCCUAAUACUCCUCAUAGUAAGAUAUUCCGUACUGUUAAUUUUAACAUGACGAAUCGAGUACGUUAUGAAGGUCGAGAAGUUCAAUGCCGAUCAAAAGAUUGUGGUUUAUCCAAUAUAAUUGAACAAAUUGGUGAAAAGAGUACAAUUAUAUUUGAUUUGGAUAAAUUCUUAAAUCCAACAUCUCAUAGUAUGAGAACAGUUUCGAAUGACUUCAGUAAAAUAAUCUUUAUAUUUAUUAUGUUAAUCAUAAAAUAUUUUAUUGAUUGA